CUCUCUCUCUCUCUCUCUCUCUCUCUCUCUCUCGGCCCCGCCCCAUUUGCAACCCUAUCGCCAUCACCAUCUCCGCCAUGAGGGGAGCGGAUCUCAUCAACACGGUGCUCCCCGACGAGCUCCUUAUCGAGAUACUCCGCCGCGUGGAGGCCAAGCCCGAGCGCGACGCGUGCGCCCUCGUGUGCCGGCGCUGGCGCCGCGGAGAGCGCGCGUCGCGCCGCGCGGUCAAGAUCGCAGCCUCCGGGGCCGCCGACCGCGUCCUGGAGCUCGUCGUCGGCCGCUUCACGGCGCUCGCCGACGUCGCCAUCGACGAGCGCCUCCCCUCCACCUGCCCCGGCGCCGCCGUCGCCCGCCGCGCCCGGAGAAACAGCAUUGCAAACAUUGCAAGAGAGCGUAAUAUGUCUAAAAACAGUAAGGCGGAAGAAAACGAACCGAGCCAAUUCUGUUUUUCAGAUGCCGGUCUGGCUACUCUUGCGAGGGCCUGCAAAGGACUAGAGAGGCUAAGCUUAAUAUGGUGUUCUGCCAUAACAUCUUCGGGGUUAGUAACCAUAGCAGAAAACUGCAGGAACUUGAAAUGCUUGGACCUUCAGGGUUGUUACGUUGGAGACCAAGGCCUUAUUGCUAUCGGGCAGAAUUGUAAGCAACUCAAAGCAAUGAGUUUACGUUUUUGCGAGGGCUUGACUGACUCAGGUUUGGUUGGAUUAGCAGAAGGCUGUGGAAGUUCGUUAAUAUCUAUUGGCAUCGCAGCUUGUGACGGGAUCAGAGAGGCAUCUUUGCAAGCUGUUGCAUCGCACUGCCGUUAUCUAGAGGCCUUAUCACUAGACUCAGAAGUCGUAAAAACGGAAGGCAUUAUAUCAAUAGCUCAAGGAUGCCGUUCUUUGAAAGCUCUGAAACUGCGGUGUUUAGAUGUCUCUGAUAAAGCUUUGGAGGCUGUUGGUUCAUUUUGUUCUUCAUUGGAGCUUUUGGCUCUUCACAGUUUUGAUGGUUUUACUGACAGAUGUCUUUCUGCCAUUGCCAAAGGGUGCAAGAACCUUAGGGAUCUUUCCCUAAAUGAUUGCCAUUUACUAACUGACCGGAGUCUUGAACUUCUUGCACGUGGCUGCACUAAAUUGACAAGAUUUGAGGUUAAUGGAUGCCAAAAUAUUGGAACAUCUGGACUAGAAUAUAUUGGACGAUUUUGCCGAGACCUUCUGGAACUAGACUUGUUCUACUGCCCAAGAAUCCAUAACAAAGCUUUUCUGGAAGUUGGCAGAGGUUGCCCGCGGUUGCAAUCUCUUCAUUUAGUGGAUUGUUCAGGUAUUGAUGACGAUGCAUUAUGCCAUAUAGCUCAAGGUUGCAAGAAUCUGAGGAAACUUCACAUUCGGCGUUGUAAUAAGCUUGGAGAUAAAGGUUUUAUUUCUUUGGGUGAGAGUUGCAAGUUCCUCGCAGACUUGAGUGUUCAAUUUUGCGAAAGGGUUGGUGAUGAGGCACUUGUUGCCAUAGCUAAAGGGUGUUCCCUUCAACGUCUGAAUGUAAGCGGAUGCAAUGUAAUUACUGGGAAAGGACUGACAGCUGUUGCUAGAGGCUGCCCUGAACUUAUCUCAUUGGAUAUUAGCUUCCUUCAGUGGAUGGGGGACAUGGCGCUGGCCGAGUUAAGCGGCGGGUGCCCCCGCCUGAGGUCCAUCGUGCUCAACCACAGUCAGAAGAUAUCCGACGUCGGUUUAGCACACCUCGUCAAGGGGUGCUCGCAGCUGGAGCACUGCGAUAUGGUUUAUUGCCCGCGCAUAACAGCGGCCGGGGUGGCCACUCUCAUCUCAAGCUGUCCCAAACUGAAGAAAGUCCUAAUCGAGCAGUGGAAAGUGAGUGAGAGAACGAGGCGCAGAGCCGGCGUAAUACUAUCCUACCUCUGCAUCGAUCUCUAGCCUUAUUAAAA